AUGCGCUUUCCAGAGCAACCAGCAACUCCUCCACAAACAGUAGCUGGCCCAUCCUCUCUCGGCCUCGACCACCCUCUCCCCACAAACGGCGUCGCCCACGCGAAUGGCUUCACAAACGGAGCAACAAGUAAUGGUGCGCAGAAGUCAAAUGGUCACUCUAAGCAGUCGUCUGCUGCUGCUCGCUCUAUUGCUCGUGUCGCACUCCCCGGCACCAGUCUUUACCCAGACGACUCCAAUGUAGACAGGGAGGAGUUCGUGAGGCUAGUAAUACAGAGUUUACGGGAUGUGGGCUACCACGAAAGCGCCGCGACUCUCGAAGCCGAGUCUGGCUACUCAAUGGAAUCACCAGAAGUCGCCGAAUUCAGACGUUACAUCAACGAUGGCUUGUGGUCUAAAGCGGAGAAUGCACUCAUUGCGUUGGGCGUUGGUUUGCAGGACCCCGAACAUCUACCCGAUGCCAAGUUCCUCAUCAACCAACAGAAAUACCUGGAGUUGUUGGAGGCCCAGAAGAUGACAGACGCUGUCCAUGUGCUCCGUAAUGAGAUAGCGCCACUCGGAGUCGAGACCGAGCAACUCCAUCUACUAUCCAGGCGCUCUGAUAAUGUGCGCCAAAGCAUCAGAACUACGGGAAAGGGCGCAAUGGGAUGGCGCGGCAGGCAGCUCGAGACGAAUAUUGUUGGAGAAUCUACAUCGUGUGUGUCCUCCAACCUGGUUACGAGCGAUUUUCGACACUCCUCCAUCAAGCGGAUGCUUUUCAGCGUCACCAAUGCGUAUAUCACAAUAUACCAAGUACCCCAACAGGGUUUACUCUCUUCUCCGACCACCAAUGCGAUAAAACUGCUUUCCCCCCGCAUAACAACAACCAUAUUGGAAGUCCAUACGGACCAGGUCUGGAUGCUUGAAUGGAGUCGGGACGGAAACUUGCUUGCAAGUUCCAGUAACGAUAAGCUGGUUAUCAUAUGGGGCCUAAAGCCGGAGACCGAGACGACAUCAGUAAGAGAGUGGGAGAAGCGGCACGCAUUGCUUCACCAGUACCCUGUUAUCUGCAUGGCAUGGUCGCUGGAUGAUUCAAUCCUUCUUGCUGGUACGGAGCACCAUAUAAAGAUGUGGAACACAGAGACCGGGGUCUGCGUGCGAACACUUAUGAAGCAUACUGAACCGGUAACCUCCUUGGUGUGGCUCCCGGACAAAUCCGGGUUUUUCUCUGCCGGAAUGGACUUCAAGAUCUACUUUUGGGCAUGUCUCCCCUAUGGUUCAAACCCACAAGAGUGGUCUGAGGCACCGAUACGGGUAGCGAGCAUGGUAUUAACGCCGGAUUGCUCCCGUUUCGUUGUGAUUGGGAUGAAGGCGCCGUCGCCCAUCGACGGUCGCCCGGAUGGCGAAGCUCCGGCUGCCUCAGCUUCAGCACCACCACCCAAGGAUGAACAUCGAAUGCUGGUCUUUGACUACGAUACCAAACAUAUUGAAUUAGACAUACCAUUUGACGGCGAACUGACGAGCUUGAGCAUAUCGCGCAACUCACAAUACGUUUUGAUCAAUCGCUCCCCAGAUGACAUCCAACUCUGGGAUAUCAAUACUGCACGCUUAAUACGGAGGUACACGGGCCAACGGCAGUCUACAGACAUCAUUCGAAGCUGCUUUGGUGGAUUCGAGAGCAACUUCAUCGUCAGUGGGAGUGAAGACAGCAACGUCUAUGUCUGGCAUCGGGACACUGGUGUUCUGCUAGAGGUACUCGAAGGACAUGGAGAAGGCAGCGUCAAUUGUGUCGCAUGGAAUCCACGGAACGAGCGCAUGUUUGCCAGCUGUUCGGACGACCACACGAUCCGCAUUUGGGAGUCUGCCGAUGUCUUGGACCCACCCAACCAGUUUGCUACCAAGAGCAAAGGCAAGACGCGCCAACAUUGGGAAGAUGGCGCCUCAGGCUCAUCAUCACUACGAACAUGA